AGCGGAUUUGGUUUUAAGGCAGCUCAGCUUGAACGGUCACUAGCGCCCGCUCUCCCGCCAUUGUCCGUACGCCCGAGAAUGGCUGCAAUCUUCAUUCUGCCACGCCCAACCCCUUCUCUUUACUUUCAUUAUUCUUCUUCUUCUUCUCUUCCAAAAUAUCACCAGGUGUUUCGUUGCUCUGUAAUGCAAAGUCCAUUGCUGAAAGGUUGGAACCCCGGGUUUUACAGCAAGGAGAAGUUCAAGCCUUUUACUUCAACAACUUCAACAGAGUGGAGGAGAAGGAGGAGAACAUUGAUCUGUGCAGUCAAUCAAGAUGCUGAAAAAGCUUUCAAAAAGACUGUAGAAGUGGACAGACUCAUCGAUAUGCUGAGGGAGGCAACCCCAAACGAACUUCAGCAACUGGUUGUUGAAAAUAUCCUUGCUUUCAAUGAAAACUUCUGGAUACGACUUGCUGCAAGAAGUGACACCUGCAAAUCAGAUGAUGAUAAAAAAGAUUAUGAGGAAUUGGCUUCUGCUGUAAUGAGCAUAGUGGAUUGCCUUGUUCAUAAGACCCACGAAAAGAUUGAUUCAGCAACUGAUGUUCUCAAGGGGAUUUUGAAACCUGUAGUUGACGAGGAGGAAGAGAUUCCAUGGCCCCCUAAAGAUCCUGAGGCUCUCAACCAAAUGGAGAAAAAAAUAUUUCAAAUGGAGCAAGAAGGGCAACUCGAUGAAGGUUUCCUUGCGGAAGUCAGUGCACAAUUACGACAAGCACAAGAAGAUUGUGAUAAACCUGGUCUUGAGGCUAUGUUGCAAAAGGUUCUGCAACUCUAUGCUUCUACAGUUCUCUCCAAGCGUAGUUAUGCGAAGAAAGGGAAUGAAGUGUUGAAGGCUGAGCAGUUUCUUGAAACUGUGAUCAAAGCUCCUGAGCAAGAGUGGAACAAGCUUUUAAUUGAUGGAUUAACAGUUGGUAAAGGAGAAAUUUCACCCGAAGAUUUUAAUGCUGUAAUCAAGAAACGGAUUGAGCGGACUUUAAUCCGAACAGAGGGAGGUUCUUACCGGCAACGUAUUCUUACUGAAUACUUGAAAGGCAUCCAAUCGAGAGCAGAGGAGAUUGUCCAGUUACUUCAGGGCAAUGCAGAAUAGGUGCCUCGACAGGAGUGAAAACGACUCCAGGCACGAGGUGUUUUCAGCAUGCAAAAUGUGAAAACAGGUCUCUCCUUAAUGAAGAAAAGGACUAUAUCCAGAUUUGGAGCCAUGAAAAUGUACAUUUCGUGAACAAUUUUAUUGUGCAAGACUGACCCUGUACCAGAAGCAGAGAAAUUAUGGAGUAUUUCCACAGCACCUGGCCAUCUUCUCCUCCAUUGGUUUCUUUCCCAAAAGCCCAUAUAUGUUUUGCUUCAAAUUUGGUCUAUGGAUAUUUAUUAAUCCCUCAAGACCUUACGUAAAUCAUUGUAAUUAGGUACUAGCAUGGACUGCCAGUGCGUGCCCUUCUCCUUUAGUUUAUUCAUUUUAUUGUAUAGGCAAAUCAAUCUACUCUACAAAUUCUCCACAGCUUGAUUUGAGAUUGACUUGUUUACAUUA